AUGCCCCUAUUGGUGCAACGCCUCGGUGUCGAGAUGCAACCGUGCUCCGUGGUUGGCUGCGACUGCCCCGCGCUCGACGACGCCUCGGGAUGCUGCGCAACCCAUCUUCCCAACGACCAGCACUUUGAGCUUGGCGACAUUGCCUUUGUCGCCGCCACCGACGACCCGACGCUUGUCCCGCUUGAUGGCGUGCUCCAGGUGUCUAGCACCAUCGUGUAUGUCGCGCCAACCCAGUUUUAA